UUAUUCCAAUUCUCUCUACACGUUUCCCAGUAAGUAAUAUGGCCGAGAAUGGACCGCAGGCGAAGAAACAGAAAAAGAUGAAGAACAAGCCCGAAGUUGAAGAGACAGAUGUGGCAGAGGCGGCCGGCCCGAGUGCGGAGCAGCCGCAAGCAGCGCAGUUCCCUCCGACCUUCAGCUUGUCUGAGAUCAAGAACAAGCAGCGCAGGCAGUUCAUGUUCAUGAGGCUCAAACAGGAGAAGAGGAAGGAAAAGUUGGCUCUUAGGAAAAAACGCAAAAAGGAGAGAGCAGCGCUUGGAGAUAAGGCUCCCCCAAAACCAGUUCCCAAAACAAUAGAAAAUCAGCGUGUGUAUGAUGAAACAACAGUGGACCCUGCAGAUGAAGAGGUGGCUUUGGAUGAAGCUAUAGAUGAAUUUGCACCAUAUUUCAACAAGCAGACAACUCCAAAAAUCCUUAUUACUACAUCUGACAGACCUCGUGGGAGAACUGUGCGGUUUACAGAACAGUUAUCUUCAGUAAUUCCCAACUCUGAUGUGUACUACAGGAGGGGCCUUGCACUGAAAAAAGUAAUUCCACAAUGUAUUUCAAGAGAUUAUACUGACCUUAUUAUCAUCAACGAAGAUCGAAAAGUGCCAAAUGGACUUGUGUUUUGCCAUUUACCUGAUGGGCCGACUGCUCAUUUCAAAAUGAGUAAUGUUCGUCUGCGGAAAGAAAUGAAAAGGAAAGGCAAAGAGCCAACAGAACACAAGCCUGAAGUAAUUCUAAAUAACUUUACAACAAGAUUGGGACACAGCAUAGGCCGGAUGUUUGCCUCUCUUUAUCCCCAUGAUCCACAGUUUACAGGAAGGCAGGUGGCAACAUUUCACAAUCAGCGAGACUACAUCUUUUUUAGAUACCACAGGUACAUUUUUAAAAGUGAAAAGAAAGUAGGGAUCCAGGAGCUUGGUCCCCGGUUUACACUGAAGUUGAGAUCUCUUCAGAAAGGAACAUUUGACUCAAAAUACGGAGAAUAUGAGUGGGUUCACAAGCGCCAUGAAAUGGAUACCAGUCGAAGGAAAUUUCAUUUGUAACCUAACAUGGAAUAUCAACAUCUUAUACAUUCAUCAGCCUGCAGUGUUGAUCUUUUGGCAACAUCUGACAUUGGCAUACAAAGACUGAUUUAAACAACCUCCUAAUGGAACAUGGCUCAAUAAAUACUUUGUGAUA